CUCUCUCUGUGGAGCAGGCGUGUAGCGGCAUCAGACUCGGCGUGAAGGAACCAUGAGCGAUGUCACCAUCGUUAGAGAGGGAUGGCUCCAGAAACGGGGUGAAUACAUAAAGAACUGGCGGCCGCGUUACUUUCUGUUGAAGACAGACGGCUCCUUCAUCGGCUACAAAGAGAAACCUCAGGAUGCAGACCUGCCCUACCCCCUAAAUAACUUCUCUGUAGCAAAAUGUCAGCUGAUGAAGACGGAGAGGCCGAAGCCAAACACCUUCAUCAUACGCUGCCUCCAGUGGACCACAGUCAUAGAGAGGACCUUCCAUGUGGACUCACCUGAUGAGAGAGAUGAGUGGACAGAGGCCAUCCAGAUGGUGGCUGACAAGCUCCAGAGACAAGAAGAGGAGAGAUUUCAGUGCAGCCCCACCUCCAACAUCGACAACAUGGUCGAGGAGGAGAUGGACAUCUCCACCACACACCACAAACGCAAGACAAUGAGCGACUUCGACUACCUGAAGCUGCUGGGAAAGGGAACCUUCGGAAAGGUGAUUCUAGUCCGAGAAAAGGCCAGUGGGAAAUACUACGCCAUGAAAAUCCUUAAAAAAGAAGUCAUCAUCGCCAAGGAUGAAGUGGCUCACACGCUCACAGAAAGCAGAGUACUGAAAAACACCCGACACCCGUUUCUCACUUCAUUGAAGUAUUCAUUCCAGACUAAAGACCGCCUCUGUUUCGUCAUGGAGUAUGUGAAUGGAGGAGAGCUGUUUUUCCAUUUGUCAAGAGAGCGGGUGUUCUCAGAGGAGCGCACGCGCUUCUACGGCGCCGAGAUCGUCUCGGCUCUCGACUACCUGCAUUCAGCCAAGAUUGUGUACCGGGACCUCAAGUUGGAAAACCUGAUGCUGGAUAAAGAUGGUCAUAUCAAGAUCACUGAUUUCGGCCUGUGCAAGGAGGGCAUCACAGACGCUGCUACCAUGAAGACAUUCUGUGGAACGCCCGAGUAUCUCGCACCUGAGGUCCUGGAGGACAACGACUACGGUCGGGCGGUGGACUGGUGGGGUUUGGGCGUGGUGACGUAUGAGAUGAUGUGUGGCCGACUGCCGUUCUACAACCAGGACCACGAGAAGCUGUUUGAGCUCAUCCUCAUGGAGGACAUCAAGUUCCCGCGCACUCUGUCGUCGGACGCAAAGUCCCUGCUGUCGGGCCUGCUCAUCAAAGACCCAAACAAACGGCUCGGUGGAGGACCAGAUGAUGCUAAAGAAAUAAUGAGACACAGUUUCUUCUCUGGUGUCGACUGGCAGGAUGUGUAUGAUAAAAAGAUGGUUCCUCCCUUCAAGCCCCAGGUGACGUCGGAGACAGACACCAGGUACUUUGACGAGGAGUUUACAGCCCAGACCAUCACAAUUACUCCACCAGAGAAAUUCGACGAGGACGGGAUGGACUGUCUGGAUAACGAGAGACGACCGCACUUCCCACAGUUCUCCUACUCUGCCAGUGGCCGGGAAUGAC